UCGAUGUGCCAUAGAAAUCGGGUCGAUUCGUCAAUCCUCCCGUCGUCCAUUGCCGAAGGACGCAAGAAACACACAAGAAAUUCCUUUCAACGCUUCAAUUCCCAGAAUCUGAAACAGCACAAACAGUAAGAUCAUGGAGCAGCAAGGAGACGAUGAAGAGAACUUACAGCAAACCGCUCACAAAAAGAUGAAGACGAUGAUCAAGAUACCCUCUUAUCAAGAAGUAAUCGAUAGCUCUCAGCCGAAGUCUCAAUCCUUCUCCCAAGCCUUUGCGUUCCUCAAAUCCACUGAAUUUUACUCUCCUCCUCCUCAACCAGUCCCUGCCUCCUCUCAAUCAUUGCCGGAUUCUGAUAUCACAAACCCUAGAAAAAAUGAUCAGUUAGACACUCCAUGUUCUUCAACAUCAGCUUCUGCAGCUACUCCAGCUAAUAGCUUGUCGGCGUCCAGCUCUGUUCCUCGGAAUGCCAUUCUUGUCAGCAAUAGACAGGUGAGAUUGUUACUUUGAAUUGGCAUUGGCACA